AUGCAGUUUCUGGUGAGGCGGGGCGUUGCUGGAUUCCUAGACGAAAGUACUAGGCAUCAGUCAAUCACCAGGCAAGGCCUGGAGCCUGGUGUAGGGGCUUUCUUUGCUGCUAGGAUUAAAGCGAGCGAGACUGGCGAUACUCCGCCAAAGGCCCGCCGGUGA